CUUUUUGUGAUCUUUGUGUUCUCCACCACCUUCUACUGCCACCGGCGCCUGGCUCUGGUACCUGCACCCUGGGCUUCUUCAGCCCUCGUGGUCUUAGCCCCAAGAAACCUGCCCCAGGAGGGCAUGUUCACCAUCAAUUCCAUUGGCCGCCUGGGGAACCAGAUGGGCGAGUAUGCCACGCUGCUCGCACUGGCCAGGAUGAACGGAAGGCCUGCAUACAUCCCCGCAUCCAUGCACAGCACCCUGGCGCCCAUCUUCAGGAUCAGCCUCCCGGUGCUGCACAGCGACACCGCCAAGAGGAUCCCGUGGCAGAACUAUCACCUCAACGACUGGAUGGAGGAGCGCUACCGCCACAUCCCAGGGCGCUAUGUGCGCCUCACAGGGUACCCGUGCUCCUGGACCUUCUACCACCACCUGCGGCCUGAGAUCCUCCAGGAGUUCACCCUGCACGACCACGUGCGUGAGGAGGCCCAGGCCUUCCUGCGUGGCCUGCGGGUGCAUGGGAGCCAGCCGAGCACGUUUGUGGGUGUCCACGUGCGCCGCGGGGACUAUGUGCACGUCAUGCCCAAUGUGUGGAAGGGCGUGGUGGCUGACCGGGGUUACUUGGAACAGGCCCUGGACUGGUUCCGGGCCCGCUAUCCAUCUCCGGUCUUUGUGGUCACCAGCAACGGUAUGGCCUGGUGCAAGGACAACAUCAAUGCCUCCCAAGGGGAUGUGGUGUUUGCUGGCAACGGCAUUCAGGGGUCACCUGCCAGGGACAUGUCACUGCUCACCCAGUGCAACCACACCAUCAUGACUAUUGGGACCUUCGGGAUCUGGGCUGCUUACCUGGCAGGUGGGGACACCGUUUAUCUGGCUAACUUCACUCAGCCCAACUCCCCCUUCAACGUGAUUUUCAAGCCACAAGCAGCCUACCUGCCCAACUGGGUAGGCAUUGCUGCUGACCUGGGACAGGGGAGCCUCUAGCCAUGCCUCAG